AUGGCUAAGAGCCCUGUUGUCGGGCGGGUCGCGAAGCGUGGCAAUUCUGGCAAUGGAAGUGCAAAUGGCCGGAGGAUGAGCACGAGGCAGCAGAGUAGGCUGGCGGAGAUGAGCAGUAGUAGGGAGGGAACGACUUUGCAGGAUAUGGUAGAUCAGGUGUCGCCACCGCUGAAGGGGACAAAAGAGGAUUGCGUAGGUCAGGGGACGGAAACAGAAGGCUGGGUGUUUGUGUCUACUAGGCGCGAAGUUGUGGAUGAAGAGGAGGACAGCAAGACGGCCGAAGUCAAGAAAGAUCAGGUCUUUCCACUCUUCAAUAUGCCGCCUGAGAUCCGGAACGAGAUCUAUCGCGCGUGUCUGACGCGUCCGUUCAAUAUCCUGCUUUCGAAGAAGGAACCACCGGAGAUGGAGCCCGAGGCCAAGGAGGAUGGGAGCCUGCUGGGCCUGAAUGAUGCUGAAGUGGACGUCAGUGAGGUUCCAUCUGGGCCACAACCACGUCCGUGGCAUAGCUUCGCGCAGGAUGAGCGUGAUGAUCAUGUCCAAUGCCAUGUGCAAAGAGUCAAUGCCGCCGAUGCGCCUCGCAACUGGGCAAACCGUCGCUCCCGCUCUGCUCGCCUGAGCACACGCACCUCUGGUUCUUCCUCCUCCACAACAAGCCAAAACAGCGUGGUCUUUGGGCCCACCUUCGGCUCGCUACGGUCGUCGCGUUCGUCCGCGCAUCCGGAACCUCCCAAGACUGACAUCCCUAGGAUCCCAAGACCUCAGGACUCCGAUCCUCUUAUCGUAGCCCUCCUACGCACGAACAAACAGAUCUACCAGGAAGCCCGCAGUAUCCUGUACAGCGAGAAUCACUUCACGCUCGACCUCAGCACCUCCGUUGCCUCCCUCUCGCACCUACAUCAGCGCUCUCGUCGGCAGAUCAAACGUAUCUCCCUCGAAAUACCCUGCUAUAAUGAGAUCCUCGAACGGUUCCAGGAAACGGUUCGGCUAAGUCUGAGGUAUUGUUGGGGGCUGAAAUGUCUGACCAUCCAUAUGCCUUUCACCUUGCCUGGAGCGGACGGCAGUGGAACGACUGGCAAUACUGCGGUCUACGCCAAUGGCUUUGACAUCCUGCGGUGGUUGCCACGGCCGUGUGAGGUCAGGUUGAAGGGUAAUGUAGGGAGGGAGAUUGAGGCGGUUGUGGCGAGGAAUGCGAAUUUGGCGAGGACGUUGGAUGAGCUUGCCUAUGCGCGGAGACAAUUAAUUGCUAAUGAAGCUUCGCUUGCGGUGGCUUGA